AUGAAGGUGUGCCUGCUGUUGGGUCUGUUUGUGGUGGCACUGCUACCCAGCCUUUCCGAAAGUCGGAUUGUCUCCAAAUGUGAGCUGAAGGACAAACUUGGGGAGGAAAUCAACCUGCCUAAAAAGCUUAAGAGUCAUGAUGAUGAAAUCCUGUCAAUAAUUAUCUGUGAGAUCUUUAGGAGGUCUAAUGGGAAUACCAGCCUGGUCAAUGUAGAUGGUAUCCGCCAUCCCUUGGCCACAGCCCAGCCAACAACUGGAAGAAGUGAACCAGAAACCACCAAAACAAUGGCAGCAGCGUCUGUCAGCAUCAGAAAAAAGCAAAGAGCUCCUUCCAGAAAAAGUCCUGAUUCACAGGAAUCACUUAAUGAUAUGGAAAACAGGUUUGAUGAGGAACAGAUGCAGCAAGAUGAUGAGCGCAUGAGCAAGGAGGGCAGCUCUGAUGAGGACAGAUCCUCAUAUCAACAGGAUCCCAACAAGAUAACUCUCUGGUCCCUCGGCUAUUAUGGUGUCUUCCAGCUGAGAGACAGCCAUUUUUGUGAUUCUGGUUACCGUUGGUCCAGGAAUCUGUGCCAGAAAUCUUGCUCAGAUUUUACUGAUGACGACAUAACAGAUGACAUUGAGUGCUUCAUCAACUCUAACUACCACUGGUUUCUCUUCAGGACUCUCUCUCACGAGUGUUUCAAUGACAGAAAAACAUUCCUACAUGAUUGUUCUUAGGUGUCUGUGAGAGCAAUUUUCUGCCAACAAGUGUACCUCUACUCUGAGUUGUAGAUGGUUGAAUUGUAUGGUGAAGUAUUGCUUUCUUUUUCAUUGUUGAUGAUCAGUGUACUUUCUUUAAAUCAUUAUAUUAGAGAUAAUUUUUCUGCAAUUUGAUUUAGGGCUUUUUGUUGUUUGAAAACUAAGUGAAUUAUGUAAUGCCUAAUUUCUAAAGGCAGUAAAGAUGAAAACUGAGUGUGACUGUUUCAUAUGGUUGCAGAAGGUGAUUACUGAUUAUUGACCUGCCUGUCUCUUCUAAUAUCCAAGCACAUCCUGAUUAAUGUAAUGACUUUUCAAAUGCACCAAAAAGACUAUAAAAUAAAAGUAAAAUGUGAUUUUGAUCCAAAGUGUAAAAUUUUAGGUGUGUCAUAUAAAGAUUUCUAUUGUAUGUUGGCACAAAGCGGGA